CACACCUUCGUCUUCUCCCAGACGCCUUCAGAUACAUUUUCAUCGCUGCAGCGUCGAAGGGAAAAUCCCAAAUUCUGCAGAAGCUUCGAGAGAGAGAGAGCGAGAGAGAUGUCGAAGACGUUGGGGCAGCCGAUUGGGCAGAAGAGGCUUACGAACGUGGCGGUGGUGCGGCUGAAGAAGCGAGGGAACCGCUUCGAGAUCGCGUGCUAUAAGAACAAGGUCCUUUCAUGGCGGUCCGGCGUGGAGAAGGACCUGGACGAAGUGUUGCAAUCGCAAACAGUCUAUACAAAUGUUUCGAAAGGAGUUCUUGCCAAGACGAAGGAUUUGAUUGCAGCCUUUGCGACUGAUGAUCAGACUAAAGUAUGCUUGGAGAUUUUGGAGAAAGGAGAGCUUCAAGUCGCUGGGAAAGAGAGGGAAUCCCAGCUCUCAAGCCAGUUUCGGGAUAUCGCAACUAUUGUUAUGCAGAAAACCAUCAACCCUGAAACUCAACGGCCCUACACCAUCAGCAUGAUUGAACGCCUGAUGCACGAAAUUCAUUUUGCCGUCGAUCCUCAUAGCAGUUCCAAGAAACAGGCACUUGAAGUUAUACGCAAGCUGCAACAGCAUUUCCCGAUAAAACGUUCUCCGAUGAGAUUGAAGCUAACUGUUCCUGUACAGAACUGCUCCUCGCUCCUGGAGAAACUUAACGGAUGGAAUGCUUGUAUUGUCUCCAAAGACAAAUCGGAAACCCAGUUGUCCACUGUAAGCGAGAUGGAUCCGGGUCUUUUCCGCGAGUGUGAUUCUCUCGUGAGAAAUUUGCAGGGCAGACUCGAAAUACUCGCGGAAUCAGUGCAUGCAGAGGGAGAUGCCUGUAUGGAUCAGUAUCAUGAACACGACGAUAUGCCAUUGCAAACCAUGAAGACGUCCUCCUCCACCGAAUCAUCUCAGUCUCAAUCCGCCACCGAGUACAAGGGAUCUAUCGAUCCCGUUCUUCAACUGAGCGAGAAAUUGCAGAAGCAAAACAUCUCGACGGGUAGUUGUGGAAGAAACCCGGAGGGAGAAGGGAAGCAGACAAAGUGCAACACUUGCAAUGCUUUGGUCGGAGAUUCCAAACAAUACAGGGAGCACUGUAAGAGCGAAUGGCACAAACACAACCUGAAGCGGAAAACACGCAAACUCCCUCCCCUUGCAGCCGAAGAGUGUCUGGCCGAGAUGGACAUGGAUGAUUCCAAAUCAGAUUUGAAGGAUUACUCCUUCUGAAUCAGCUUCUUCCCCGAGUGAAAAAUGUCAAUGGUGAAUCACUUUCUGCUGAGUUCAGACAUUAUGGGACUUGUUUGUAAUGCAUAGAACGUGCGAAAUACAACGCGAGAUUUGCAGAA